GCACCCUGCUACAUUUCCUAAUCGUGAAGCCGGUGCGCAGGCAGUGAGACCGAAGCGAGCUGGUCACGAUGCCACAGCUGCUCCAGGGCAGGACGUUUAUCCUGGCUCUUGCCUUCCUCCUGGUUUUUGAUGCUUCGGUUCAAGGUUCCCCAGUGCGGCUGGCCAGGUACCAGUGGGUCCGCUGCAGUCCUGACAGUAAUUCUGCAAACUGCAUUGAUGAAAAAGGACCAGUAUUCAACCUACUCCCAGACGAAACCAACAGAAUCUUCCCUCCAAGGACCGACGCUUCUUCAAUGUCAGGAUCCCAGAACUUGAAUGAUGUCUUCCCUCUUUCUGAGGACUAUUUUGGAUCUGGCUCUGGCUCCGGCUCCGGCUCCGGCUCCGGCUCCGGCUCCGGAAGUGGCUCUGGAAGUGGCUUCCUCACUGAAAUUGAACAGGAAUACCAACCAGUAGAUGAAAACAAUGCUUUUUAUUACAACUUUAGGCCUCUCCAGAGAAAUCUGCCCUCAGACAACCAGGACUUGGGCCAAGAUGGACCAGAAGAGGAUUUCAUUAUGUAAAAGAGAGGGUUUCCCAUUUUGGUGCCAGGCAAUGAAUUCAGUAUGUUUUAUGUACCAGAGUUAAAUGAUCAAUUCUGGAAUAAAAAAGUUUUAUAGAAACUUAGAAACAUCUGAACGAAAAGCUUAGACCUUUUUUCUUCACGAAUUCUUCAAGCUUCCUUCAUCUAUUCUAUUGUCCUGGAAAAUACCUGCAUUCCAUUUGUAUCAUAUUCAACCAACAUCACUAUGAAAUUACCUAGACUGCCUACGUCUAGAAAAUUGCUUUAAAGGAUAAGUUAACCUGUUUUUAAAAAAUUCAGUCUGAGAAGCAAAUUGACAGGUAAUAUUUCACACCCAAGUCUUCAGAAACCUGACACUGAUUGUGAAUUAUAGAUCCGCCUCUUUUCUUAUGAAAAAUCCAGAUGAGACACUGGGUGAAUUUAUAGGGUGGGUAAUUGACAAGUCCCCUGUGAAGUAUCUGCUCCCAUGUUACCACUGGAUGUGCUGGGAGAGCUGGUGGGUGGUGUUUGCUGAGACAGUACCUUUGCUGUUACAAUUAGACCCGAACUAAAGCACAACUGUGCUCCCAAUACUUCCUACUGCUUUCCUUUUUUUUUUUUCCCCUAGAUAUUGGUGUAUUUUCAAAUGUUACUCUAUUAAAGCAGAACUAUAAUCAAUGA